CUUGGCGGACUUUUUCGGAAACGUCGCGAUACCACGCCAACUACUACGACUCCCAGGACGCGAUGAACGGAUGCGCCUGCGUACAACGCUCAAUAAUGUCCUUUUCUCCGCCCCCUUUCAUGACCUCACCAGGAGGUGGAGUUUAGUGUCCCCAUUUUCUCCGGCUGCUGUUGCCCCAGACAUGACGACUCCAGGCCCUGUCACUCCAGAGGCACCGUCGCAGCCCCCAGUCAUUGAAGGUUUUAGCCCCAGUGUCUACGGCAAUCCGGAAAGCUUCAAGGAAAAGUUCCUUCGCAAGACUCGCGAGAACCCAAUGGUACCCAUAGGCUGCCUGGGCACGGCGGCCGCCCUUACCUAUGGCCUCUACUGCUUCCACCGGGGUCAGAGCCAGCGUUCCCAGCUCAUGAUGCGCACCCGGAUCGCCGCCCAGGGCUUCACGGUCGCAGCCAUCUUGGUGGGUCUGGCAGUAUCCGCUCUGAAGUCUAGACCCUGAGCCCACAGCCUGACCUUGAAAGCUCCCCGGAGAUCAUUCCCACCCCAGGAGCAACCACCGAUCCUGCCACUGAACUUAUUCCCUCAUCUCCCCUGACAAGCCCCUGUGCCAGUCGGGGAGGAAAUGGCCAAUUGAGUAACUGACAGAUUUUUUUUUAAGGAAUCUCUGGUUCGGUUCCAUUUGGGUGUUGCAUACAUCUAUGUCUGCUGCACUUUAUCCACGCUCUACUUAAUAAACUCUAAACCAUUUGUAGUUACAUGAAUUCAUUCUCGGGCUCACCCUCAAGGUUUUUGGUCUUUGGUUUUAAGAGAAUCAAACUAAAGGGGCCCUUAGAAAUCAUAUGAUCUCUUGAUUCACAAACUUUCCAUCUGCUGGAAAAUAGAUUCCCUAGAGUGAUAUUGGGGGAGGUUGUUGAGGGGGUGCUUUCCAACAAUUUUCCAACUUGUAGUAGAAGAGCCUGCCUUCAGAUGAGGCUUGCUGUGGUCUUGUCAGAGGCAGGGGUUACAGCACUCCACUGUGCUUCUGCCCCUCACUCCACCUCCUGAGAACACCAAAGACUCCACUUGUAGUGUCAUGAAUUCAUUCUCAAAGUUUUUGGUCUUUGGUUUUAGGAGAAAUAAACUAAAGACUGCAGGGGCCCUUAGAAAUCAUGUGAUCUAAUGAUUCACAAACUUUUCAUCUGUUGGAAAGUAGAUUCCCUAGAGUGAUAUUGUUGGGGGGAGGGGGGACUUUCCAACUAUUUACAAACAUGCAGUAGAAAAAGAAAAACCUGCCUUCAGAUGAGGCUUGCCAUGGUCCUGUCAGAGGCAAGGGUUCCAGCCCUCCACUGUGCUUCUGCUCCUCACUCCACUUCCUGAGAACACGUAAGACUCCACUAAUUUAGACCAUCCUGGCAUGGUUCUUGCAACAGAAAACAGGCUCAGAAGCAGCCUGGUAUAGUGGAAAGAUAACAGUCUCGAAGCCUGUCAUCAUUGCUCUGACCUAGCCUGAGUAUGUACCUAGUGUCUAAGAGUUAAGGAAGAAAGAAGUAAUGGGGACCUGAACAAACUCUAGAAGAGAGGCUACCCAAGACUGUUG